AUGGCGAAUCCAACCCCAGCCAGCGGAUCUUCAACAGUUCCUCCACAGACCCCCCUGAGGAAUCAAAACAGAAAGAUGAAUAAGGUGGUGAAUCCAACCCCCGCCAGUGGCUCUUCACCAAUUCCUCCACAGACACCCUUGAGGAAUCAAAACAGAAAAAGGAAUAAAGCCUCACGAAAACGGUAUAUCAGCUCUAGUUCUGAAGAUGAUGUUUUCCUCCCAUGUAAACGUCUAGACAUGGAACAAACGGAUCAGCCUGAGACACUCCAAAUGUGGCACAGCGUCUUAGAAGUAAUUUCUGCAGAGAACCUUGAGGCAUCCGCUGUGAAAACACCCACCACAGAAAGUUCCGUGGUGCCCCCACUUGCGGCCUUGAUAAAUAUGUCUUCAAAUGGAAAUGCUAAAAUAGAGGAUUUUAAUUUUACAGCUGGUCAAACAGGACCCGUCCACAUGUGUGAGAUUCUCGGGCUGCAAGCUAGUGAAAUAGCUUAUACCUCUCCACGAAAGAGACACAAAGCUAUGGAUAUGCUAGUGCGAUCUACAGUUUUUGCAAUUUUGAGACAUUGUUUAAACCAGUACCUGCAUGAAACCUGCAUGGGGUGUACUUUGAAGGCGCCUGGGCAAUCCGCACACGAGUGUCUAGUCUGGCCCAAAAGUGUCAUAUCUAGAAAAUUGCGAAUUGUAUGUGGGAAAAUCAGUUUUAAAAGCAUAUUACAUGUUGUCAUUCUAAUUGGUUACAGUUUAAACUGUCUUGUUCUCACACCAAGGCAUGUUGAUCAAAUUUUGAUAUUAAUUACAAAAAUUGGGAGGUCACACAAUUCCUUGAAAACAUUAAAUACACUCCUGAGACCAGUACAUGAACCGUUUUUAAACCGUGUCGUACAUGUUAUUCAGAAAAGAAAAUAUCAAUACUUCAUGCAGUAG